AUGAGGAAGGAGUUUGAAUUUAUCGAGGCUAUGAAUAAGGAAUUCAACGUUUUUGAGACGUACGGUAUUGAUGAGUUCAUACAAUUUCUAGGACUUGGUGUUUCCGCAAAAUACCGACGUAGGGGCUUCGGGACGACUCUGAUGCAGGCAGGGGUCAAACUUGCUUCAAACCUUGGUAUUGAACCAAUAUAUAUUAAAGGGAAAGCUUCCUCGAACUAUUCGCAACGAAUAUACGAGAAGUUAGGGUUCAAGACUCUUUUUACGAAGAAGUUUGAGGAUUACAAGGUGGACGGUGAAGUCGUGUUUAAAAACACUGGUGAGCAUAAGAACACCAAAGGUUACCUGAUGCGUGUGAGCAAGGAUGAAAAAAUAGUCUGA